GAGGGGCUCACCUUUUCUCAGAGUUUAAAUGCACGCAAGUCUAGCAUGCAUUGUUAGUGCCGGUCAAUAUUUCUGUCAUAUAUUUUCUAUCAGCUUAGAUUAGUUUUUUGGACAAGUCUACAUGCACUCACACUUUUAAAAAAAUAGUUUACUCACAACCACAAGCUAUCAUUUUUAAAAUGCACCUGAGACCCGCAUAUAUGUGAGAGUGAGUGAAAGAUUUUGUACACCAAAGUUUGUACAUAUAUAUUUAUCCUAAUUUUUUUUAUACUCAAGGUGAUUUUCGGUAAAAUAUUCCCUAGGAAAUGAUGAACUAGAAAAAAUACAAAAGCCACUCUCCCACUCCCUCGUACCAUCUCCCUCAAACUGUCCUUCCUGUUUCCGUACCACGUUUCAGCCUCUACUGUAUUACUCUACCCCUCUUCACUUUUCAGAUUCCCUUCCACUUCACGUUCGUCCCCCUGUUUCUGUACCACGUUUCAGAGUCUAUUGUAUUACUGUAUCCUUCUUAUAUUUUCAGAUUCUCCGCACUUCACAUUCAUCACUCUUGUUUCUUUCAAGAACCUCACAACUCAAGAACUCCCAAAAAAAGACAUGACUACUUACCAUUUCAACGCCCUUCGUCUAAUCUCUCUCUUUAUCUUUUACACCCACCAACUGUCCACGGCGGAGUACACCAUCGGCGUCAACUAUGGCACGGUGGCUGACAACCUCCCACCGCCAUCUCAAGUGGCUGUUUUCAUCAAAGAACAAACCACCAUUGACAGAGUCAAAAUCUUCGACGCUAAUCCAGACAUCCUUCGAGCUUUUGCCAACACUGGAGUUUUGGUCACCAUCUCCGUCGCCAACGGCGACAUCGUAAGCAUCUCAAAGCUCCCCGCCGCCCAAACAUGGGUGGCGAAUAACGUCCUCCCUUUCUACCCUGACACCAAAAUUCAUCGCAUAGCCGUUGGGAAUGAAAUCCUAGCCACUGGGGACAAAUACCUCAUAGCCCACCUCGUACCAGCCAUGAGAUCCAUGAACGAAGCUCUCAAACUCGCUCAAAUCACUGAUAUUCAAGUCUCCACUCCUCAUUCUCUUGGAAUUCUACCCAUUUCCCAGCCACCCAGUGCUGGGCGGUUUAGACGCGGGUACGACCAUGUCAUAUUCGAACCCAUGUUGGAAUUUCACCGCCAAACAAAAACACCAUUCAUGGUCUGCCCGUACCCGUACUUUGGAUUCUCCGAGGAAACUCUGGAUUACGCUUUGUUCAAACCAAACAGUGGCAUUUUCGACAAGGCCACGGGAUUAAACUACACCAAUAUGUUCGACGGGCAACUGGACGCAGUUUAUUCAGCGAUGAAGAGGCUGGGAUAUGAUGACGUGGACAUCGUGGUGGCCGAAACUGGUUGGCCUUCGGUCGGUGACCCGAACCAGGUGGGAGUUAGCUUGGACAAUGCAGUUUCUUAUAAUGCAAACUUGGUGAAGCAUGUGAAUUCCGGCGUGGGAACGCCGUUGAUGCCCAAUAGGACUUUCGAGACUUAUAUUUUCUCCCUUUUCAACGAGAAUCUGAAGCCGGGAACCCCUGAGCGGAAUUUCGGUCUCUUUCAACCCGAUUUCUCACCCGUUUACGACGUGGGCAUUUUGCGCAACUCCCAGAGUGUGACUCCCAUAGCUGCUCCAUCUCCAAUAAUCGACGAGGGCAAGAAAUGGUGUGUACCAAAAGUAGAUGCAAGUGAUGCAGCAUUGCAAAAUAAUCUAGACUUCGUCUGUGCAUCAGGAGUUGAUUGUAAGCCCAUACAAGAUGGUGGGAUUUGCUUUGAGCCUAAUAACAUCAGAUCACACGCAUCUUAUGCCAUGAAUGCAUAUUAUCAAGCCAAUGGUCACAACGAUUUUGAUUGUGAUUUCAUGGACACCGGCAUUGUCACCACUUCUAAUCCUAGCUAUGAAGAAUGUACAUACGAUGCUUGAAAAACUGAUUCUCAGUAAUGACGGCAGCUGCCGAAUCCAGUCUACAGUGCAUUGUACAACUGUUGAUUUCCUCAGCUUCAAUGUGUGGAAUCCCUUCUGUAAUGAACGAUGGUGGUUUCUUGUUUUUUGAUCAGUUCUGAUGUUUUACGUUGUAGCUACUGACUUUGGAUUGGUGGUCGAUAUGCUGUAAGAUGUCAUCGUGUAUGCUGUAAGAUGUCAUCGUGUUUGCGCUUUGCGUAUUUUUGUUAACCUGAUUAUCAGGACUUUGUUUUAUGUUGAUUAGUAGUGAUACUUAGCCUUGUUUGUUAA